AUGAAGCGAGAAGCUCAAUCCACACAGCCGUACACUCCCCGUCGUUUCAACGCACAGCACAGCGCCGCUGUGCGAAACCCCGACGACCGUGCUCGGUCUCCUUUGACCGCACCGCACACGCCCGCCCGCCGUUCGCCAGUCCGUCGCCCACCUCCUUUUACGGCCAGCAUGACCCUUCUCGAGGAGUACGGCAAUCUCACGGGUGUGGGGGGCGAGUUUGACUGCCUGCACCAGGCCGACAAUCCAUGCCCCACCACUGUCGCCGUGUGGGCUGUGGGCGGCAGACCCUUCACCUUCCCGCCCAAUGUCGGCUACCCCAUCGGCCCGGGCUACUUCACCAAGUUCAUACUGCAGGUGCAUUUCACCAAUCCCAAGGGUCGUGCUGACCUCGUCGACAGCUCUGGACUCUACCUGAAGCUGGCGCCCUCGCCGCGACCCAUGGACGCGUCCAUCAUGCUCGCGGGGCCCGCCUCCUACGAGUACCUCAUCCGCAUCCCGCCCGCCAUGCCGUCGUGGACGCAAGUCAGCACGUGCGCCAGCCAGUGCACCUCUGACGUGUUCAAGAACGAGAGUGUGAAGAUCAUCGGGUCGUUCCUGCACCUGCACACGCUGGGACGACAGUUAUACACGGAUGUGUUCAGAAAAGGCAGCAAAGUCGCCACCAUCAGCCGCCAGGACUACUACGACGGUGCAUCGCAGCAGACCAUUCCCGUCACGCCGGAGUUUGAGCUGCUGCCAGGGGACGAGUUGCGCACCUCCUGUGUGUGGGACUCCACUGACCGCACCAACGUGACGGUGGGAGGGCCAUCCACGGAAGACGAGAUGUGCAUUGACUACCUCAUCUACUACCCCGCACGCCAGGGCCACGAGAUGAACGUGUGCUAUGACUUCUGUUCAUCCUAUGAGAACGGCACUUGGAACAUGGACCCGAAUAGCCCCACACUGUCAAUGUUCUACGUGUGUGGUGGCUCCAACGUCAUCCCUUCUGGCAAGCCCUGCAAGAUCACAUUCGGUGCCAACACGCCCAAGAAAGUCGUCAAUGGCUGUCCUGCUCAGACCCACGCAUCACUGGCAGACAUUCCUUCUGACACCAUCUCUGCACCGCUCACCACCAACGCACCACCUUCCGCCAACGCACCACCUUCCGCCAACGCACCACCUGCGCCCGCUGCUGCCCUCCCACCUCCUACCGCUGCUGCUGCUGCUCCAUCACCCCCCAGCAACAGCACUGGCAAGGCAGCACAAGCAUCAGUUCACAGCGGCAGUGCCAGUGCACUGGUGGCUGUAACUCUGCUGUGGUCUGUGCUUGCCCUUGCGCUCUAA